AUGAGAUUAGGACGCGAUUCAUUAUUUUCUUUAUUGUGUCUGCUUGCCAAUUUGCAAGAUGCGUUUGGUAAGAAACAGACGGUAUUGGAGGUGGAUGACCCAUGGAAGUUUGAAAACGAUACGAAACAUGUAAUUCCUGAUACAUCAGAAGCAACCUUUGGAGACAUUAAAUAUGUGAACGAGCGCAUAUCGCCAUUACUGAAAGACUUAACGGAGAAAUCUGAUUACAUGCGCUUCUACCGAUUGAAUUUGUUUAAUAAGGAGUGCAAGUAUAAAAUGGACGAUAAUGUUUUCUGCGGAAGUAACGCCUGUAAUGUAGUGAUUACAGAGGAAAGCAGUGUUCCAGAGAUUUGGAGCUCGAAAUCUCUUGGAAAACUCGAAGGGUUCAUGCCAGAGCUCUCACGUCAGAUCGUUGAAUCGGACCAAUCUGUGAUGGAGAAUGUAGACAAGAUUUCGCAAUCGUGUCUAUUGGAACGAUUAGAUGAUCAGGACCGUCAAUACUGUUACGUUGAUAACGAAUUGGAUAGUGGAUGCGUGUAUAUUUCUUUACUAGACAAUCCAGAAAGAUUUACUGGAUACGCGGCUCCACAUGCUACACGAAUUUGGGAAAUGAUUUACAAUGAGUGUUUGCCAGAUGAAUCCGAACCCACGAUAGAUUUCCCUUCCCUCUUUUUGCAGGGUUCUUUGGCUCCCCCACCACAUUCUCAAGAAAAGAUAUGGAACGAACGUAUGGAUAUGUGGAGCAUCGAGCAACGCGUGUUUUAUCGUGUGCUUUCAGGAAUGCACUCCAGUAUUUCUACGCAUUUAUGUUAUAAUUAUUUAAAUCAGUCAACCGGAGUUUGGGGACCGAACUUGAACUGUUUUAUGGAAAAAGUUUUGUCACAUCCAGAAAGACUUGAAAAUUUAUACUUUGCUUAUUCUUUGCUUCUUCGGGCUAUGGAUAAGAUGAACGGACACCUGGAUACACUUACGUUUUGUCAUGACAGUGCAUUGCAGGAUACCGAAGUUCGUCAUAAAAUCCGUGAUUUGGUAGAAAUGGUUGACAGACAUCCUCGGUACUUUGAUGAAUCUGUUUUGUUUACAGGAGAACCUGUACUUUCGUCGGCAAUGAAAAAGGAGUUUCGAGAGCAUUUCCGUACAGUAUCGGCUUUGAUGGAUUGUGUUGGUUGUGAACGCUGCCGAUUGUGGGGUAAAAUUCAGACGAAUGGAUUUGGUACGGCCUUAAAAAUUCUUUUCGAAGUGCCGGAUGUGGAGAACGAAAUUGAUCAAUUCGAAACCACAUCUACUCCUUUACAGUUACGCCGUUCUGAGAUUGUUGCUUUAGUAAACACGUUUGAUCGGCUUUCCCGCUCCAUCAACUAUAUUCAAAAGUUCCAUGAACUAUAUGUCGGUCAACAUCAACCCGAAUCCAGGUCUCGGAAAGUUUUGAACAGCGUGAAACAUUUUGUUUCUCAGCAUGUGCCUGUGGUCUUCCAUCCAUUCCUAAAAAAAGUGUGCUGGGUAGCACGGAUUUUUUACCAUGACUUUUGGAUGGAAUUUAGAGUUGUCUUAGAAGGAUUCCGUUAUGUCUUAUCCAGCUAUUUGCAGUUACCAAACGAUAUAUUCCUAGCAGAUGGUUGCCUUAAGAGACGGCCCAUUGUUGUUAGGAUGAAGCAUGAUCUGGAUGUACUCUUUUGGGAACAUAAUGAUGAAUUACGAAAGACCUUGAGUUUUAUACAAGGAUGGAUUCGAUAA